UUCAAGUGCAGAGCAACAACAUUAAAGCCAGCAUCUGUUUCUCAAGCAUACAAUGUUGCAAAGCAAAGCUACCCAAUAGUCCAACAGCCUCCUAAUACAGCACCUCGUUGGGUAGCCAUGGACCCGGACAACGACGAGGUGGUGUUCGACGCCCCGGAGCACUUGCGCAUCUACAAGAGCGGCAGGAUAGAUCGUUUCCACCGACCAGUGCUCGUGGCCGCGGGUGUCGACGACGAUGACAGCGGCGUCGCCUCCAAGGACGUCGUCAUCGACUCCGUCACCGGCCUCUCCGUGCGCCUCUUCUUGCCCAAGCUCCAAGGACCUUCCGCCAAGAAGCUCCCCGUCCUCGUCUACUUCCACGGCGGCGGGUUCAUCAUCGAGUCCGCGAGGUCCGCCACGUACCACAACUACCUCACCUCCCUCGCCGCCGCGGCCGGUGUCCUCGCGGUGUCCGUCGACUACCGCCUCGCCCCCGAGCACCGGCUACCCGCGGCCUACGACGACUGCUGGACCGCGCUCCGGUGGGCGGCGUCCGCGCGGGACGACGACUGGCUCGCCGAGCACGGCGACUCGUCCCGCGUCUUCGUCGCCGGCGACAGCGCGGGCGGCAACAUCGUGCACAACGUGCUGAUGAGGGCGUCGUCCGCGGACAACGCGUCGAGGAUCGAGGGCGCGGUCCUGCUCCACCCGUUCUUCGGCGGGAGCACGGCCAUCGAGGGGGAGCCGGAGCGCGCGGUGGUGAUCACGGCGAAGGUGUGGGCGUUCGCGUGCCCCGACGCGGCCGGCGGCGCGGACGACCCGAGGAUCAACCCGACGGCGCCGGGCGCUGCAGCGGGGCUGGAGAGCCUCGGGUGCGAGCGGUUGCUGGUGUGCGCGGCGGCGAAGGACUGGCUAGUGGCGAGGGACCGCGCGUACUACGACGCCGUGGCGGCCAGCGCGUGGCCCGGGAGCGCGGCGUGGCUCGAGUCCGAGGGGGUGGGCCACGUCUUCUUCCUGAUGAAGCCCGAGUGCGAGAACGCCAAGCGGCUCAUGGACCGCAUCGUGGCCUUCAUAGCCGGGUCCUGAAGCAGGUGCUCCGAGUGUCUGCGUGCAGCAUUGUUGCAGCCGCAUAGCACUCGAGCUGUAGGUUUUCUACUUUUCUUUCACCGGGGUUGAAUAAAAAUAGCUCGUGGUACUACUGUGGUAGUAGCAGCAGAUGUACUACUCAACCAGUUCAUUACAUUGAAAAUUUGAAAUCUAUUUAGCGAAUUGA